UUGGUAACAAUGGAGCAGAAAAUGGCCGCCUGAGCGGGCAGGAGGCGGCGCGGCGGCGGAGCGGCACGGGCGGAGCGCGGACAGCCGGCACCCAGCCCCGAGCGGCGCGGGCAGCGGCGCACCCACAGCUGGGCGGGCGGCGGCGGGCGGCGGCGGCGGGCGGUACUCUUCUACUCAUCAAGAUGGAAAGCUCAGAUUCUAGUGAUAAAGGAAGCAUUGAUCAAUCAGAAGCCCAGCGUCAGAGCCAGCUGGAUCGGUUAGAUCGAGAAGAAGCUUUCUAUCAGUUUGUGAACAACCUGAGUGAAGAGGACUACAGGCUUAUGAGAGAUAACAAUUUGCUAGGAACACCAGGUGAAAUUACUGAAGAAGAGUUGCUGAGAAGGCUACACCAAGUUAAAGAAGGUCCACCACAGCAAAACAGUGAUGAGAAUAGAGGUGCAGAGUCUGCAGAAGAUGUUUCAAAUGGAGAUUCUAUAAUAGACUGGCUCAAUUCAGUCCGACAGACUGGAAAUACAACACGAAGUGGGCAGCGAGGAAACCAGUCCUGGAGAGCCGUGAGCCGGACUAACCCAAAUAGUGGAGACUUCAGAUUCAGUUUGGAAAUAAACGUCAAUCGUAAUAAUGGGAACACGAAUCCAGAAACUGAGAAUGAGCCAUCUGUAGAGCCUUCCAAUGGGGAGGAUUUGGAAAACAGCCAAAGUGACUCUGAAAUUCCAAGGUCUGAAUCACCGUCUAUAAGGCAGCCUGGAUCAGAACGGAGCAGUGCGGAGGAGCUGGCGGCUGAGGAGGCUUCCCCUCCUAGAGGGCAGAGGAGAGCCAGGAGCAGGAGUCCGGAGCAGCGGCGGACGCGAGCUAGGACUGAUAGAAGUAGGUCACCCAUUAAUGCAGUGAGCGAGGCCCCUCGCAGGUCUCAUCACAACACAUCAUCUCAAACACUUGACCACCCCUCGGCGAGCGAGGCUGAGGGCAGCUCUAGAACCAGGCAGCACGUGACGUUAAGGCAGCAGGCGGUGGGGACUGAGGUGCCAAGUGAAAAUGCAGUUCUGUUUUCCCCCCCUGAAACGAGGCCUGCUCCUCAAGCAGCAGGCUCUUCGGAAACCACCGGCCCCAGCGAGCCCACGGCUCCUGGGCAGAGGCCUCCCACCAUCGUGCUUGACCUCCAGGUGAGAAGAGUCCGCCCGGGCGAGUACCGGCAGCGGGACAGCAUCGCCAACAGGACCCGCUCGCGCUCCCAGACCCCCAACAACACGGUCACCUACGAGAGCGAGCGCGGGGGCUUCCGGCGCACCUUCUCCCGCUCCGAGCGCGCCGGGGUGAGAACUUACGUCAGCACCAUCAGGAUCCCCAUCCGCAGGAUCCUCAACACGGGCCUGAGCGAGACCACGUCCGUCGCCAUCCAGACCAUGCUGAGGCAGAUCAUGACAGGCUUCGGGGAGCUCAGCUACUUCAUGUACAGCGAUAGCGACGCAGAUCCCAGCGGGCCGGCUCCCGGCCCCAACAUGGAGAGCUCGGAGCCGCAGGGCGGAGGCGGGGGCGCCUCGGGCAGUGAGAAUGCAGAUGUUAGCUCAGGGGAGGCGUUCGAGGGUGGGCACGAGGCUAGUUCAACAUCUGGUGCCAGGCGGGAAGGCCGGAAUAUGAGGGGGUCGGUCACUUUUGAAGAAAGCGGUUCUCUACCAUUCCUUAGCCUUGCACAGUUUUUCCUACUCAACGAAGAUGACGACGACCAACCGAGAGGACUCACCAAAGAACAAAUCGACAACCUAGCCAUGAGGAAUUUCGGUGAGAGCGACGCUCUGAAAACCUGCAGCGUGUGCAUCACGGAGUACACGGAGGGCAACAAGCUGCGCAAGCUGCCGUGCUCGCACGAGUACCACGUGCACUGCAUCGACCGCUGGCUGUCGGAGAACUCCACCUGCCCCAUCUGCCGCAGGGCAGUCCUGGCCUCCGGGAACAGGGAGAGCGUUGUGUGAGGGAGAGCCGAGCCGAGGGCCAGGCAGCCGGUGUGAUAGUGAUGGGCAAAGAAGUCACUUCCUUUAUGGCCACUUUUUGAGUGGUACCUCAAUGUAUAGUAAUGACUUGGAGUGAAUCUUCCCUCGUUGAAGCGUUUUUCUCUGGAUUCAAGUUUGGGAAUUGGAGAAUUUCUUUAAUUAGGUUUUUCAAGUUCUUGUCGGUUUGGGUGUUCAAUUUCACUUUUCCAAAGACAUCUCCCCGUUUCAAAUUUUUUUUUUUUUUUGCUUUGUGAAGAGUAUUAAGUUCUUUCUCCUGCCCAGCCCUUACCAUCCCAGUUCAAUAAACAGUUUGUCCUCAAGAUUGUGCUUCUGAGGAGUUUUUUGAGAAGUUAUCCCAGCUCAGUGCCCAUGAGUCAUAGAGGAAUUUUUGCGAGAAAUCCAACUCUCUGAAAAAAUAAUUUAAUUGCACAUUUGAACAUACUCUUAAUUUUCCUCCUGGGUUAAUAUUGGACAUGUCUGUGUAAAUAACACUAAUGUUAGCCCUUUCCCCAUCACUAUGGCACGCUGUAGGAUGAGCUGUUAGCGUAAUUGGGAUAUUUAUCUUGUUGUGGAAAUAUAAGAAUUGCCUAUGCUUGUUUAAAUAAAGGAAAAAAAAACAACAAAUCUGUUUUAAAAUUGUAAAGCUUUUUUGUAGAAGCUCAGUACUUUUCCAAUGCACUGUUGUACUAACGCAUUAAGAAUUAAAAUUGUACCAUGCUUGGAAAUCAAGAAUGCUUUUCAUACAGACCCCACCACACAGAGAGCAAACUGAACAUGAGAGAGCUGCUUGUGUGACUGUGUACCUGUCAGGAGCAGUGCAUAUCUGUACUAUUUAUGUGAACAGCUACUGUAACAUAAAAACAGUUGGAUUAGACAUUUAAUUGCAUUUAAAAAAACGGAAAUUAAAUGUUAUAAUUGCAGUGUUUUGGCUCAGUAACGCCACCAAAAAAAAAGAUAAAAAUUAGAAACUGUUCUAAUGGCUGGUUAUUUCUUGCUAUGGUUGCAAUUAUGGAAUAAUACAAACCCAUGUGUACUGGCUUGUUCACUGAGGUUUAUGCCCAAUUUUUCUAUCAGCUUUUGCUCUCAGUUUUUGAGGCAACGCUGUAACUUCAGCAAACAAGUAUGGACAGGUUGGUUUUUCUUCAUGAGCUUCAGCUGUAUUGGUAACCUCUGGAUGUGUUGAGUGGUCUGGUGUCGAUAGCUUGUGGUGCAGCUGCCACAGGGAAUAACUGGAAAGCACAUGGUUAUUAUUGGGUUACUUUAAAAAUGAGUGCACUGAGAUGUGUAGCAGAUUCUUGAGAAUAACAGUAAAAACCCAACAAGCUCUUUAUAUUCCUAUUGGGCAGGAUGAAAAUGAAUUUACUUUUAAAUUACAUACACGACGUGUUGCAAUUGAGAAUUGGCGCAUGUACCUCAGCUCUCAUCAGAGUGUGUGUGUGUGGGGGGGAACAUCCUUUACCCUCAGUGACCCCUUCUUUCUUUUAUUCUCCAAGGGUUUGGGUUUUUUUCUGGCUUACACAUUCAGUGGGAAAGUGGGUUUUAUUUAUUUCCACUCCAAGGCAGUAGUUCUGAAGGCUUAUGAGCUGCUCUUGCUGGCUGGAUGGGAAACGUUGCUUGUUCCUCAGAUGGCAAAGCCAAAGCUGGCCUGUCUCUUUUCCUAAUUAAUUUUAAUUUUCUUAAUUAAAACACAUUUUUGUUGUUUUAUAGUGGUGGGUACGUAAUCGAUACUCACUACUCUUAAGCCAUUUUAACAUCUCAUCAGCUAGUUCAGGAUUCCACAGCAUCCCAAAAUUCCAUUUUUUUCCCCUCUGUGCAUUUUGUGCUGUUGUUUUAGUGGGAAACCCUGACUGGCUCUUGAGCUCUCUUUCCUCCUGGUGGGACACACCAGAGGGACCACGAGGCUUCUUUGGGAACAGAACAAUCAGGCAGCUCACGGGUUUGGUUUUUUCCUUGGACACGCAUCCCUGUAAAGCUGCAGUUGGCUCUUGGUUCUGGGUGCUGGGUUCUCCGUGCCAGAAUCUCACAGCAAAAUAACACUUCUGAAUUUUCACAGAGCAAAUCUUGCUCUCAGUGGCGGUUUCCAGACUUACAGAAUGUAGAAUUAGAAGGAAAAAACCUCCUCUUUACAUGAGUACCGUGUUAGGUGUUGAAAGUCAGAGAUCAUCUCAGACUAGAGCUGGUGACCACCAGGAAGGGAGCCCGUUAUCCCAAAGCACGGCUGUGGUACCUGUCACCCACCUUUUCCAUGGAAUUUUCACCUUGGUAGAGCUGCCUUCACAGUUCUGUUACAGCCUAUAGCAUGUCUUAACAUUUUUUCUGUAACAAGAGCAACUAAUAAAAUCUUGGAGGUUUCCCAAGCGGUACCAAGAACCAAUAAUUUAAUCUCAGUUUGGGACAUGUUGAGCAUUCUCUGUGGUUCCUCUGCCUUUCACAGUGCUGAGUGUGCUAAAGGGGCUGGGGGCUCGUCUGCAGCUAAACCUUCUUUAUGUAGCUCUGUUAAUUAGGGUAAUUAAAUUUCUAUUUAUCUAAAUUUAGAUUGGAGUUAGGAAAAGCCAAUAUUAACAUUUCAGUUGCUUACAAAAUGUGAAACACUAUCAUAAUUAGACUAAUUUACAUUUCAUGAAUUAUUUUGAUGGUGAACAUGUCUAUUUGGUCUUCCCUCAGUUUUUGGUGGGUUUUUUUUUGUAUUUCUGGAGGGAUGCAGCAUCUUCACUCGUGCCUGGAGGGAUAGGAAGGGUUAAAAGGGCGAGUUUUGGCACAUUCCUGGGGCUGAUUCUCGGGAAUGAUGGCUUUGGAGAGGCAGAGCCCUGUGCGCUGUGGCCUUGGACAUAGUGCCACCGUGUGGGAUCUGCCUUCAGCACCAGCGCGGUUCCUUGCAAGAUCAGCACCUUUUUAUUUUGGUUUCGAAGGAUCCUCCUUGUCGUUGCCCGACUCGGUGGUUACCGUGGGGGUUUCUUCCCAAAUGUGGAAGCUCCUGCUGGGAAUACCUGGUGCGUGAGCUUCGUCCUUUGUGCCAGGACAGACCCCUGCCCACGCCUUGGGACAAACACACAGUUUUAAUAGUUACAUUAGUUACCAGUUGCUGUAAGUUCAUAUUUUGAGCCACAUCGUGAACCAACACGGACUUGUGGAUGCUCACUUUAAAUUUUUUUUUUUUUUUUUUUUUUUUUUUUUUUUCAGUUUUUUUUUUUUUUUUUUUUUUUAGUUUGGGGCUUUAUAUGUGAAAAGAUUGAAUUCCUGGUGCUGGUUGGAUUUCCCUUUCACAUGCAUAUUUUUUAUUUCUUCGAACAAGUCGGGUUUUUGGAAGAGAACUUGGAGGCGUUUGAGUUGUUCUAGAAACGAUUUCAUUAUGUAGGUAUUUCAUGCAUAGAAAUCAGGGAAUUUGAAGGGCCUUUUGUAGGAAGCGCUGCCGUGCAGGCACAGCAGCUGCAGGACACAACAUCCUCCGGCUCUAAGGAGCCGUAAUUGUCCAUUGUGUCGACUUGCAGACGGAGGGGUUUCCCACCAGAGCUGCCACAAUGGCCCAUAAUGAGUGGCAUCCCAGUUUCCUGUCCGUUGUCUGGGUUAUGCAAAUGUGGGACUCCAAAGGGCCCUUCCCGGGUGGAUCCGCAGGGGAUAAACACAACCCAGUGCUCCCAUCCUGACAAUGAGGGUGGGAAGAGGUGCAAGUGAGGCUGAGGGGGCUCUGAACCUUCGCACCGCAGCACGAGGCUCCAUCCCUUGUCUCACCCUUCAUUUGGGAUCGUUUUGUCUGUGGGAGCGGUGUCCUGGUUUGGGAAAGGGUCUGUGAGCAGGCGAGGAGGAGCCCGGCUGUCAGAAAUGUCUGUCUGCUCCUCUGCCUUCUCCCAGGAGGAGGAGCUUUGGAUGAAGGUUGGCUUGGAGCCACAUGGAGGGAAUUUAUAACAACUUCAGAAAUAUUUCCAGCCCUUACGUACAGUAGGCUUUUUGUUUACCCUCGACUUGGGGGGGGGAAGCAGGAGGCUGAAGAGACACAAUUAAUGGUAACGUACCCAAAGUACAAUAAGUGCUGGUGUGUUAAAAAAAGAGGUUUGCAUCUGUUACUCCAGGGCUUCCCAAUCUCUCAGACAGACUGUAUCUCCUUUUUCUUAUGGGGAUACAUGCCAUUGAAUUAAUUUGAUUUAUAUCUGGUUUUAUUCCCUUUAGCUACAAUAUUUGAGCCUCUUUCUGAAUUUCACUCUGCUGGGAAGCCUGUUGGUUGGGAAGCCCUGAAUUCCACUGUGAAUGUAACACUUUAUUAUUUUUUCCUUUUUCUUUCUUUUUCUUUUUUUUUUUUUACAUUUGUUUAUACUGGACUUGUUUCAUACAGACUGGUACUCAGAGGUUGUUGAACACAGUUUGACCAGGUUUGCCAGCUAACACUUAGGAAGAGUUUGUUCCCUCUGUAAGGUGUUAUAAUGCAAAUUUAAACAGACUCAAUAAAAUGCAUGAAGCGUU